ACUCCACAUAAAUGUAUUAAAUAUACAUCAUUUGUCCGGUAUACUUUAUCUGUACUAGUGGUACAAUGGUGAAUGGGACAGUAUUGAGUAUAAAUCGUAUUUUGAGGUCCAGUGCCAGCUGGCAUAACCUGGGCAAAUUUGUUACUGGUUCUUCUGCCCAAGAACAGCACUGGAAUAACCUGAAAAGCUACGAUUCCGCUGUUCACGCGACUAUCGACUCUGUAAGCAGCGUUACUGACUCCCAAGAUGCAACGUCCAUCGACUGGUCAAAAUGGGAAGAUCGCAUAACCCACAAGAAUAUACUAAAGCACAUGAAGGAGACAUAUUUGAAUACUAUGAACACAAUAGACUCCGCAUUAAAACUCCAAAAUCCACCUACAAUGCACAGCGGAUGGGAAAUGUAUGACUCUGUCAAGGACAAUUGUUUGGCUGCCACUAAAGCUGCCGAUAAGAUUAUAUCCGAUGGAAUCAAGGCAUUAUGGAUCUCACAAAAUAAUCCUCCAGUGCACAAGGUUGAUACAAAUGAGUGGCUUGAGAGCGACCAAUACUGGCAAGCAUUUGUUGAAAAACACGCAAUGUACUCACAAUCUGGAACAAGCAAUGACCCAGAAUCUCCAGCUGAAAUCGAAUCUGUUAAGAACAAGUGGAAUACAAACGUUUACAAAUUUAACGAAAGGACGGAUACUCCAAUCCUUUACGACUAUAUGAACCAUUUACCAUCUUGGGAAUUCUACGAUGUCAAUAGGAAACAAUUUUUCGAACAUAUGGAAUACUUUUUGUUGCGAACAGGUGAAGACUUUAGGCAUUUCCCUGACAUUCCAAAGUGGUAUUGGUUGACACAUUUAGAAGACAUUAGAUAUAAAAUAUUUACUGUUUCACAAAGAAGACAAUUCAAGAGACAGGUUGAGAGUUUAUCCAGGGAGGAAACUCCAGAUAUGCAAGAUAGCGAAGAUGCUAAUUAUGACUUGCUUUUGCAUGAGAAACACAAUACAGAAUCAACAUUAAGCAAGCUUAUGGCCAAUUAUAGUUUCUUGUGCGACCCGUUGAUUCCUGUUCAAAAUUUGUUUCAGUUGUCGUAUGUCCUUUCCAAGGAUGGUUACGAAUCACACAAGGGAACACAAGUCUAUACAUUUGGAGAUGAUGUAAAUGCGCUAUUUGUACUACCACAUGGUAGCAACAUAUCUGCCAACGACUUUGUGGACUCCACACAAGUUACUCCUUUGGAAUGUUUCUAUUCUCUCAUGGAUCAUUUGAACCUCUCUGGAAUCAAGGUUAAUCCCACAUAUGCAACUAGACUCGAGUGUCAAAUGGAAGUUAUACAACAGAGAGGACCGAAUUGGUUGAAAUUGCGUAAUGAAACAUCUCUGGAAGCAUUUUUGAGGAGAUUGCGCCACGAUGAUCCUCUAAAACCUCACUAUCUUGAGUACGCAAAGGAACUCACAGAAAGAAUUGCAAACGCAAAACUCGUACCCGUGGAGCAAUGGGUUGCAACAGUAAAGGCUGUGGAAAAGAGGGUAUUAGAGCAAGAAGAGGCUCUUAGAAGCCUUUCAACUGAAUCAACACUCCAUCUCGGAAAAGAUGAAAUCGUAGACUUCGCUUCCAAGAAUUGGAUAAUAGCCAAGGAUCCAGUUACAAACAAGGUGGUAAAACACUCGGAGCUUUUAGCAAGAUUGUAA